AUUUGUGAAGUGUAACAUGUUUACAUAAUCUGCGGAAGAAGUGAAAUCAGACGACAUGCUUGGCAGCGUGAUGGAUAGUAUAAGUCUUAUAUAGAAACAUUAAUGGCCACAUAUAUUGUUUAUCGUGUCAUCUCAUUCGCACGGACUUUUUGUAUUCGGAAGAAAUUAUUUUUAGUGGCUAUCAGAUCAACUGAUUAGACUCUGUGUUAGCGAAGUAUUUGGGCAUCGAUUAAUUUUAAAUAUCAUUUACAAAUAAUUAUCUCCGACUGUGUCUAUUUUUAGUAUUUUUUAAGACAUGAAUUUAUUAAUUUAAGCUGCAUAUAAAAUCAUUGUUAAAUGUUUUGUAAUGUGGUGAUUUUCUAGUUUUUUCCAAAAGCGUUGUAGUCGUGUGAGUUAUUUCAAUUUGACCCAUCAAAUCCAAUUUGUCUUAUUAACUACAUUAAUUGGGUUGUUUGAUUUUUGCAAAUUUUUAUUGUCUAAAUAGAAUAUGUAAGGAAGGUAAAGUUUUAGAACGGGAAUAUAGAAAUUUUAGACGAAAUUAUCAUUCAACACGUUAGUUGGAUUGCUAUAUACUUUCAUAAAACAUGGAGAAUUAUAUUCGAAGCAAUUUAACUACAAGUAACGAUGGAAAUGUCAAAGACCACCUUAUUCAUCCUGACCAAGUAGCUUUAAAAACUAGAAAUUUCAAAUUAAUGGCCGACCCCUCACUUAUAAGGGGAGUCAUCAAAUUGUAUCGUUACGAUGGUAUCGCACCACCAGAUUCAGGUUUAACACCCAUCGUCGUAAUGGAUCCUAGACAUGGUGGAACACGUAUCCGAUCAAGACCUAUUGAGCCCAUGAUAUUAACUGUGCCCAGGUUUAAAAUUGACAAGAACUAUGUUGGAGAACCACCAUCAGUCGAAAUAACAAUCACUAAUUUGAAUGACAACAUAGAUAAACCAUUUUUAACUGGGAUGUUGGACAAAUGUGGAAUUCAAGACGAUAUUAACAUAUACCAUCAUCCAGUCAGUAAUAAACACUUGGGUGUCGCACGUAUUGUUUUUGAAACCCCAAAAGCUGCUCGCAUUUGUAUUGACAAAUAUAACCAAACAUCUGUUAUGGGAAAGCUAAUAAAUGUGUUUUAUGAUCCAUUUGGUACAUUAUGUAAAUCAACAAUUGAAAAUAUAAUGUCCGCAAAACCCAGACAAUCUAUACCAAAUACUCAACUUGUGAAGCAUAGUUCGUCCGACACUGUUAUACAAGCACCUAAUCCAAUUUCACAUAUAGUCACAAGUACUUCACGCAAUAAAGUAUUACAGGAUAGAGGUUACGAAGAACGUCAAAUUUUAUCACAUAAUCGUGAACGAUAUAAUGGAAAUGAUCGGAAUCAUGCCGAUAUAAGAAUUACUCGCGACCGAGAACGUAGCAGAGAUCGAUAUUUAUCUUCAUAUGAUAAAGACCGAUCCAAGCAUCGGCAUUAUCAUAGAAAAAGGGAACGGUCUGUUGAUUAUAAAUAUAAUUCAAUGAAAAACGGUAGCAAACGACAUGACCACAACAGAGAUCGAGAUAAAGAAAGAUCUAUAGAUAACGACAGACGCAGUAACAUAUCUGGUAAACACAAAGAUCUAGGUAGUAAGGAAAAAAAUCAAAUAUGUAAAGAGCGUGGUGACAAAUAUUCUUCUAGGCAACCUAAAUUACAUACGCGCGACAAUUUAGGUGACAAUUCGACUUCGUCAAGAUAUAAUUCAUUGAACACGUCGGCGUCAAGUAAUAUACAGUCAAUUCCGAAUUAUUUCUCGACGAAUUUGGAUGCUAAAAAUUCAAAUUUUUCGCCUUACAAUAAUUAUUCAAACCGUCAUCGGACGGAUCGCAAAGACUGGACAAUAAGUCAUCCAAAAGUAUCUCCGCCUACUAUACAACCAGAUUCAACACCAAAUUGGGAUGAUGAUUCCGAAGUUCAACCGGUAACUCCUAUAUCAAAGUCUUCGCUUGAAUAUUUAAAUAGUACAAAGCAAUCUACAAUAUCUUCAUUCCAGCUUUCUACGUCCGGCUUGAGUGAAAAUAAUGAAGUUAAUGCUGUGAACGUGGAUUUAGAUACGAGAAUAGCUAUGAUGUUCAAAGGUAAAUCAUUUGGUGAUGCACCCCCAUUUCUUCAAAUGGAUAGUAGUGAGUCCGAUACGGAAAAAAUAUUUCAUAAAGAAAUACGAAUUAUUGAUGCAGAUAAAAACAAAAAAUUGAAAUCAAAAUUGCUCUCCCAUAAACGAUUUAAACGUCCAAAAUCACAAAAUUCUAAGAUUCAACAAAGCACCAGUGAUAUAUCUUCAAGUGAUGAUGAAAUAUUACUAAAAAAAGAAUCAUAUAGCCCAAUCAUUUCAGGUCAUUUAAAAGAAGAUGAUAGGUUAUCGCUGUCAAGUAUAUCAUCACAAGAUGGAAAUGGACAACAUAUUGAAGAAAAGCCUCCACCUGAACCUUUUAAUGUUGUGGUGAAUUCAUCUUUGAAUUUACCUAAUUCAGAAAAAAAUAAUAGUGAUAUAUAUUCCUACCCUGUAACGUACUCUAACUUCUUAUAUGGACAAAUAAAUUCGUCUCAAUAUUUUCAAAAUCCUGCAUAUAUGCCAUCAACUUAUCUUCCUGGAUUUGGAGCUGCUGGAUUAAAUUCCAGUUAUGUUAUAAAUGAACAAUAUAAUAAUUUUAAUCUUUCACACUGCAAAUCAAAUGAAAAUUAUAAAGAGAUUUAUCAUAAUAGAUAUGAACAUUAUAUUAAACCAAUUGAAGAAGUGGUAAAUCGUGUAAGUGAUGAACUUAAACAAAUUUUGAAGCGUGAUUUUAAUAAAAAAAUUAUUGAAAGCACUGCAUAUAAAAAAUUUGAGAUGUGGUGGGAUGAAAAUUUGCAAAAAAAUCGCUUUAAAGAUAAAUGUGAUAAAAAUUUAGACAAAACGUUACCCGUAACGACAAGUUUAACAUUUCCGAUUCAAUCUAGUACAAAAGUUGAUAACCAGAUUUCUAGUAUUACACGAGAUAUAUCAGAUUACACUUCAUAUUCUACUAUUGGUUUACGUGCUUCUAUACCGAAAUUGCCUUCAUUUAGACGCAUACGAAAAGAAAAAAGUCCACAUAAUAAUAAAGAUAUAGAGAAGCAUCUAAGUGAUCAAGAAGAAAUGGUUCAUGGCUCAGAUUCAGAGUUAGACGAGGGUAAUUCUGUUUCUGCAAUUUCACAAUUUAAUUAUCAACAAAAUGAAGAAUUAAAUACAACAAAAGGUUUCUCAAUUAUUACAAAACAUAAUCGUAUAUUAAGUACAUCAAGUGUUUCUUCAUCUUCCUCUGAAAACGGUGAGCUUCAAAGUAGUGAAAAUGGGAGUACAGUAUCUUAUGAUGAUUUGAGUUUAAUAUCAGAUGAAGAAUUAAAACCGAAUGUUUCUAAACAUCGUAAUUCUGAUUCUUGUGACUCUAAACCGAACGUUUAUUCUGACUCCGAAUGUGAACAGGUGACUAAGGACGUGGUUCCAUCCAUAUGCAGAAAUAUAAGAAGAGCAUCUCUGUCUGAUCUGGAAGAUAUAAGUAAAGAUAGCACUUUAAGCAUUGAAGAAAAUAAAAUUACAAAAACAGAAAAUACUCCUAUCAUUUCAAAAGAUUUGGAAGAUCAGCAGAACGUUAUUGAUGUGGGUAUAAAUAAAGAGAAAAAAUUGUCAGAAGCUGAAAAAAAAUCAGUGUUUGAUCGAAUAUAUAGUGACUCUGAAGAGGAGCGAGAAUAUCAAGAACGGCGACGACGGAAUACUGAAUAUAUGGCACAAAUUGAACAGGAAUUUAUGGAAGAACAAAAACGCCAAAAGAAUGAAGAACAGGAAGAAAUUAAAAACAAUACUACUACUAGUCCAAUACCAGAGAAAUUGUCGACAACAGUUCAAAAUACUUCAAAAACCACUGCAUCACAUACUCUCAGUGUAGCAUCUUCUAUAGAUACUCCUAGUUCUAAUAUGGAAAUAUCCAGUGAAAAAACUGUUAUCACUACAAGGAUAAAUACUGUAGACUCCAAUAGUGAAAAUAAAUUGAAAAAUGGCUCUAAUAUAAAAAAUACUGGAUCCCAAGAUAUAUUACAAAAAGAUAUAUCUGAUGUCGACCAGUUCUUAUCUAAUGGAUACAAUAAAAUUGACACUACAAACACGAAUGUGUCAAAUAUUUUAAAGUUAGAAUCAAUGAAUUCCCAAACAGAUGGUGUUGAAAUGUCGCCGAAUUCUUCUGAUGAUGCAUCUAGUCAAGCGAGCCAAGUAGCACUCGAGCAUUGUUACUCAUUACCUCCUGAAGCUGAUAACACUUCUACCAAAAAAAAUCAGUCAUCUAAAAAUAAUACAUAUUUCAAUGAAAAAACAACUGUGCAAUUCAAGCAUCACCUCUCUCAUGAUCACGGUAGCUAUGCGACAUGCGUUUCUCAACACAGUACACAUAAUGAUAAUUUUAGCUCAAAAAAACAGUAUUCUGAUUUUGAAUUAUCAGUUAUAAAGCCUGGUCCUGGAAGACCAAGAAAAGAUUCAAUACGUCUAAAACGCAAAUGGGAAUCGUCUGAUCGCAUACAAAAAUCAAACCAAACAAAUCUUUCAACCACGUUUAACUCACACCAAUUUCAUAAUUUUAUUCCUGCUGAAAUAUUUUCACCACGGGAUCCAACUACGGAGCAAUUAUUAGUUUACGAGUUCCUCACGAAAGGGAUAGAUGCCGAAGAUAUACAAUACAUGCGGUUGGGUUAUCAAAAACACUUACAUAAUGAUUAUGUAUAUGGAUAUUUGCUAAAUAAUACGCACUGGGUUGAUCAUUGCAUUACUGAUCGUUCGUUAAUGCCACCUUCAAAUAAAAAACGUAAAAAAGAAGAUGAAUUAAUUCGUCAUAAGACUGGGUGUGCACGGACAGAGGGUUACUACAAACUUGAUAUACGAGAGAAAGCUAAACAUAAAUAUCAUCAUGCUAAAGCAAAUGCAGACAAUUCGUUGUCCUUAGAUCGAGUAGAUGAACAGGCGCUUCCUACCCACAACAAAAUUGUUUCAAAAAUGCAGGGCAUUUCCCGCGAAGCAAGAUCUAAUCAACGAAGACUUUUAACAGCGUUUGCAUCAAUAGGUGAAUCAGAGCUUCUUAAAUUUAAUCAACUUAAAUUUCGAAAAAAAUUACUCAAGUUUGCAAAAUCUGCAAUACAUGAUUGGGGUUUAUUUGCAAUGGAACCAAUUGCAGCAGAUGAAAUGGUAAUUGAGUAUGUGGGUCAAAUGAUACGACCUGUGGUAGCUGAUUUAAGAGAAACAAAUUAUGAAUCAAGAGGAAUUGGAAGUUCAUAUCUAUUUCGCAUAGAUAUGGAAACUAUAAUCGAUGCUACUAAAUGUGGUAAUUUAGCUCGUUUUAUAAAUCAUAGUUGCAAUCCAAACUGUUAUGCAAAAGUAAUAACAAUCGAAUCGGAAAAAAAAAUAGUCAUAUACUCAAAGCAACCGAUAGGCGUGAAUGAGGAAAUAACCUAUGACUAUAAAUUUCCGCUUGAAGAAGAUAAAAUAGCUUGCUUAUGUGGAGCACAAGGUUGUCGAGGAACACUGAAUUAAUCUAUUAUAAAUAAGUUUCAAUCUUAAAAUAAGCUUUAAUUUAUUUUUUUAAUUAACUUUUACUUAUUAACAUUAAGUUGGCCGUAUAUAAAUUGCUUGCAAUACUUCCUGUGUAUUAUAUAAUUUUUAAGUUUAUUGGCGUUCUUUGCAAUCAGUUUUAUAAUCAUAGUUAAACUCUUUGUUUAUUAAAACUAAAAAUGUCUUUUCAACAACUACUUAGUGUUAUUAAUUAGACCUUUAUAUAAGUACACAUUGAAUUGAAUUCGACGUGAAUAUAUUUCAAUUAUUUAUGUAAAAUUCAUUUACAGAUCACCACCUUACUGUAUUUUAGCAAUAAGAUAUUUUUAUUUUAAUAGGAUGUUUUAAAAGAAUAUAGCAUGUAAAUUAUAAAAGUUAUUUUCAUCUGACAAGUGUACAUUCUAAAUUAAGUAUGUAAAUCUCAUUUAAUAUCUAAAAGAACUUUAAAUGUAAUAUUAUGUAAUACAGUUGUACGUGAUUAU